UGAUGAAUGUAGAGGGAAUCAUUCUUGUCACGUUAAUGCUACCUGCAGAAACACCCUUGGAUCACAUGUUUGUAAAUGUCAUCCUGGAUAUACUGGAAAUGGAAAAAAUUGCACAGACAUUGACGAAUGCAGUGAGGCUCAUGCCGUUAAAAUGAACAACUGCCAUCUGCAUGCCUCUUGCAUGAAUACUCAGGGCUCAUACAACUGUUCUUGUAAUCCUAAAUAUAUUGGGGAUGGUUAUGAGUGUGAAUCCGAUCCUUGCCAUGAUUACAAAGAUCUGAAUGAUAGCGAUAGAAAUAGCAGUAUCAAAGGAAAUCUAAUUUUGUGUGAUAAAGAACUCCCUAACGGAUGGUACCGUUUUAUGGGAGCUGCAGGAACAAAAAUGCCAACAGCGCGUGUGGAACCAAACCACUGUGGUACAAGAUUCUCAGGUUGGUUGGAUGGUGUUCAUCCUAGAGUAGAACAUGGUGAAGUUACCAUGAAAGUUUGCUUUAGUGGCCUCUAUAGAAAAUGUAGGGACACAACGAAUAUUCUGGUGAAAAACUGUGGAUCUUACUAUAUCUACAGACAUUUAGGAAUACAAAGUUGUCCAAGGCGUUACUGUGGCACAGAGUAAAUGCCAAGUAAAUAACUUCAUAAAAUAAGAGGAUCCCCUUGCAAAAAUCAAUCUGAAGGUAGACGAACUUAAAAGGUCAGUUUUUUUAAGUCUUCUUCUAUUCCCCCAAUAGUUCGUAAACUCGUCUGUCGGGGCUGAACUAGUAUGGGACGAAUUUAAAAUGGAACGAAUCUUUAAUACCUUUAACAUUGAAAAACAUUUGACGUUUUUUGGUGAAGUCAGUAAUUGACAUUUGAGCCCUUUAGAAGGCAUUUUGAAAAAUGCCAAACGUGCCAUUGUUCUAUUCCUUAAUAAAAGAAGACGAAGGAAAAAAAAAACAUCAGAAAGCAAUACUUAGAAGCUAGUGCCGGAGUCAUAUAGGACAAUAUUGCUAACGUUUCAUUGGAUAUUCACUAGUCUCUCAUGACCGAGAAGAUACUUGAACGCUGAGCAAAAGAGGCAAACCACAAACGAGAAUCUUUAGAUCUCUUAAUGGACCUAAGGAAGGGCUCACAAUUUGGAUAAAUCAUAGGUGAGCUACUCAGAGAAAAGUGACGAUGGUUGAUUUAUUCGUCUUUCAAAAUUGUGUAAAUAGAAAAACAUGGCGAGUUCAAACUAAUCAUUAGACAAAAUUUGUACAUCUCUUACUUAAGACUCUAUAUUUACUUUACAUAAACCAUUUUCAAAUGGGUUUUGUCAUGAAUAAACACCAAUGUAAUUACACCCCUUCAACUAAACUUAAAAGGCUGACAAAAAAUUCCAGUAACAAUAAAAAUGUAAAGUUUAGGCAGAUGCAUGCAACCGGAGCGGGUAAAAAGUGAUCGAUUCAUAAGGGAAGUUUUUUUUUUUUUUGACAUACAUGUCACUGAUGUAGUCGUAAAUGGCGAAAGUUGACUAGCAAUAUGGUGAAGUAAGAAAACAAAUAAGGAAAAUGAGCAUGAGAUGGAUCACUUUUGACGCUAAGUUGAAACUGUUCUACAGGUUAACUUAAUCUUUACAACAUUGUAAUGUUUUGAUAGUAAUCCUACAAGAAGUUGUCCUAGCGGAAGUUCUAAGACAUUGCAAAGGAUCAUGGAUAUUUGUAUAGGCCAUGCUUUCCGGUUGUCAUGGCGGAUGAAUGAAGACUAGUUUCGUUUUAUAGUUUAAUCUGGGUUAUUGCGCGGCCAUCCAAGUGACAUCGUUACAGACAUCUCAUGCCUCUUAUAUAGUCAAUCACUGCCAGAGCAUAAGGUUGGCCAUAGUUAGUGGAGGGGUUGGCGGAGUGAACAUGUGAUUACCAAGGGGGGCAGGGAGAGAGGAGAAUAAGAUCUCCAUACAAUGUGAUUGGAAAAGACAAAAAUUCUUUUCAGCAGGGCAGUCGGAAUUUUAAGUUCCUAUUCAUUUAACUUAAGAGUGUUCAGAAAAUCUGGACAUUUCUUAUUACUUUUAAAAGUGUUCCUGUAAUAAAAUAGAUGAAUAUGUAACUUAAUAAAUAGACAAUAAAAAUAAAACCUUUUGCUACUUAUCA